AUGGCCGAGGAGGAGCCGGACGCGCUGCGACUCUACUGGGACCGCUUCUUCAGGGCGGAGACGGGGACUUAUGAGAAAUCGACAUGGCUGGAGCUGUUUCUGGCAGAAUUUAUAAUACGACUGAACAAGGGGCAGGAUGAGAAGAAGUUGAUAGAUUUCUGUCCGGUGAGCGGCGUGGUGACCCUCGUAGGUUGUGAGCUGCUGUGUGGAGUACACCGGGUCACCUCCGCCGAGCACACCCUGGGGACGCCGCAGCAUCCCGCAGUUAUAGUGAGUCAGGGACAUUUUGCGAAGGCUCGAUGUAUGAGCGAUAAAUUACAAGCAUUCAAUGAAUUGAAUCGAUCACAUCUGACACAUGAUCCCUUCACACCUCUGACAGAAGAGUCGUCUGAAGGAGGAGGGCCUCUGCGACGUUACUUGCUCCGCGGCGCCGCGUGGCGGGGACUGGUGCUGCUGAGGGCGCUCGGAGUACAGGGUCUGUCAUGUUGUCGUCAGCUGAGCUCGGUGUUGAUGUGGUUGUUCGGGGAGACCUGCUCCGUCCCCAGCGGCCCACCCGGCCCGGGGAACCUGCCCCCUCCCCCGCCCCGCGCGACACUCCCCCCUCAUCACAAACCAUCAACACACAUGCACGAACUGUUCUCACACAGAAUAUGGUACAAACAGAAACCGGCCAGCCACGCGGACUCCAACCACUCCUGGGUCUCGUCUGAGAAGAGCCACAAUGUUGGAAGAGCAAAAGUCAACGGUCAGAUCAGAGUGGAUCCUGAAGGAACAUUGAGAAGGAAGUCUGGGGACGAGCUCGACCAAACGUCGGAGUCUGGUGACUCCAACGAGGAGCUCCAGAUCCUGAACCGGUCCAUGACCAUAAAGGUGUGCUCUCCCGAGGACGACUUCGAGUACUUCAACUCUCCGACCCGCACGCCCUACGAGCACGCCAACCAGACCAUGUACAGCGACCCCUUCUACUCGCCGAGGAAGGUGAAGCCGAAAGCCGAAGACUUCAUGAGCGAGGAGCACCGGGCGGUCAUCGACUCGGAGAUCAGCACCUUCGAGUUCACCAUCCUCAUCACGGACCUGCUGCAGGAGCUGUGUAAGGCGGAGAGCGGCAUGGCCGGCUCCGAGGGCUCGCUCAUCUCCAUGCAGUGUAUCAACUUCGCGCUCAAGAACCUGUGCUCGCUGCAGUUCGGCUCCAUUCCCGCCCAGGGAACGGUGUACGAGCCGGAAGAGAUGUCCAGCGUCAAGGUGGCGCUGACGGAGCUGCUCAUGGUGUCCUUGAACCAGGUGCUGGUACACUCCGACCUGUGUGCCAAGCUCAUACACAACGGGAUCCUGCCGAUGUUGCUGCGGCUCCUGGAGGACGUGGUCUGCAAGUCCAGCGCCAAGUACAACGUCAAGGUCGGAGCGGAGGCAGCCAGCGAGGCCGAGGCCAAUAAUCUGCUCAAAUUCGUGUUCGGCGUCGCGUACUCCAUCACGGCCUUCUUCCACUGUCUCCUGAUGCAGUGUCGCUCGGCGGAGAAGCUGCGCGAGUUCACCGACCAGUUCCGUUUGUACGGGGAGUGUCUGAAGGGCGCGCUGCUGCGGGAGUGUGUGGAGCUCAUGCUGCGCAUCCCGGCCGUGGACGAGGACGAGGUGGUCCGCGCCGUGAGACAUCUCAUCGACGCCAUUGGUCGCCUGAUCACGGCCGCCAAGCGCGUGCGAGGAGAUGUGACGCACGCGGCGGCCUGUCCGCGGCCCCGACACCGCCGCUGUAGGGCGCGCGUGGCGGCGGGCCUGCAUCACCAUCAUGACGCGCUGGGCGAGGCGGGGGUCCCUCCGCUUCCACCCUCGUGUUGCGUGGCGGCGCUGUAUGCGGCCUUGGCGGCUCUUCUGCCGGACCCGCCUCUUGCGGUACGUCGUUCGUUGCGUGCGCGCCUGCUCCGCGUAAUGUUGCGUUGUGGUGCAUGCUGCUGUUUCCCGGCCGCGUCUCUGGUGGAGAGCGCGGUGCGCCUCAUGCUGACUCACGAGGGCGCGGCGGUUCCGUGUCUACGCCUGCUGGAGCGCACGGUGUACGGCGAGCUGGGCGCGGGCGUGCUGCUGCCUCACGCGGGAGACCGCUUGCCUUGCGCCGUGUGUGAGCGUGAAGACGGCCGGCCGCGGCGGCCUGGAGGCUCCGUGGACGGCCGCAGCGUGUGGUCGUUCCUCAUCCACUACAACUCCCUGCUGCAGCUCGAUAACCACGACGACGUGCUGCACGCCACCGUUGACCACCUGCUGAAGGUGACGACUCGCUGCCGCUCCGAGAUGAAGUACGAGCUGCUGUUCAGCGUCAUCUACCCGACCUUCAUCGUGUCCAAGCACCGCUACACCAUCAAGAUGGAGGAGUCCGCCUACUUCCUCACGGCCUCGUGUCUCAACAUAUUCGCCGGUCUCCUCAACACGGUCCCGUUCGCCGAGCAGUUCAUCCAGAAGGGCGGCUUGAGCUAUGUGCUCGAACUGAUAUCGCUGCCGGAGUUCUCGGACCAGUGCUGCGCCAUACUCGAGAUAGCGAUAGUCGUAGAGAUAUUCAAGCUGACGAAGGAGAACGCGGAGUAUCCCAGCUUCGGAGAGAAGAAGUCACCGGCCUCCGUACAGAUACUGUUGAAGUGUCUACGAGACGUCACGGACAAGUGUUUUGAAGUGUACAAACCGAAACUCUCAGAAGAGCUGUUGGAGGAGCUGUGCGGGGCGGGGGGCGCGGGGAGCGGGGAUGAGGGCGAGCCGGUGUCGGAGGGGCGCGUGCUGCAGAGCGCGGUGACGUUCUGGCGCUCGUGCGGGCGCCUGUGCGUGUCGAGCCCGUCGUUCCGCGGCGAGGCGGCGGGCCGCGUGCUGUCGGCCAGCUGCUCGCUGCUGCGCCUGGUGCUGCACGUGCUGUGCUCGCCGCAGCUGGCCCCGCCCCCCGCCUCGCCCACCGACCGCCUGCUGGUGAGGCUGAUGGAGGCCCUCGUCACCGUACAGUUCGCCGUGUCCGAUGUGACGGGCGGGUCGUCCAAGGAGUCUAGUUGCGCCAUAGUCCGCGCGGCGCUGACCGCUCGCGUCAGUUCCGAGGACGUCCGCGGGGGCUCCGGCCCGGGACUGCGGUCCCUGUGUGACGCUCUGGUCGGCGUGGCGCUAGCUAGGCCCGGCACCCGGCACGCCAUGCCCGUCUUGACGCCCGUCAAGAUGCCGGCCCUGUUCUGCCCGUCCACCACCAGCUCGGAGUGUUCCCUGAGCGAGGACAGCGCGCCCCGGGACCGAAGCCCCACCCCGCCGGACGGAUACGAGGUGACCAUACACGAUACACACAACACUCCUCAAACAGACGCCGGCCUCACCUCGUGUGGAGCUUCUUUAAUGAGUUAUGAGGCCUUCUUAUUAACGCGUGUUGUUUGUGAGACUACUCUCACACACCACCGACCACACCAGUCACACGACCUCUGUCUCCAGGCGGACAACGAGAACGGAAAACAAGACGACGCUACCGUGAAGACGAGGAAGUACUCGGAGACGCUGUCCGUGUUGAACAAAGUUUCAGAUGACAGUCUGAGGUCUCAGGAGCUGAUGAGGCUGGAGUGCCAGGAGGCGGCGGGCGAGCUGGCAGGGCAGCCGGCGCACCCCGAGCUGUGUCUCAUAGUCGUGGACGUCAUAUCACAGCUCAUAGACAAACUACUGCAGGAGGAUGAGAAGACUACGAAAGAAGAGGAGGACGUGGACGAUAGCGCCGGGGUCACGGAGGUGGCGCGGGUCUGUGGGGGCCUGGCGCGAGCCUGGGGGGCCGCGGGGGGCUCGGCGGGGCGCGGGGGAGGCGCGCUGCUGAGACUACUGGGCACCGGGACACCCGCCGCCAGGCUGCUCGAGGCUCGGCGGGCGAAGUACACAGAGUUACAGCGUAGCGUGUUGGAGCUGGUGGAGGCGGUGUGUGUGCAGGGCGUGUCGUCGUGCGAGGCGGCCGCCGUGCUGCGUCCGCUGGCCGCGCCCGACCCGCCGCUGGAGCUGCUGCUGCCCGCGCUGCUGAGGAUGUGUUCCCGCGCCGCCGCCGAGCGACACACGCCCGACACCUCGCUCACCUUCCCCAUACGACCAGACCCCGAGGAGCCGUUCCUGGAGGACGUGGUGGGGUCGUCGCCGCGUCAGCAGGCGGAGAUCAGCGCAAGGAAGAUACGCCAGGAACAUAUUAGAGCAGGCGAGUGGUCGUCGUGGGCGGCCAGCGCCGGGCGCGCGGUGGUGGCGGCCGGCUGGGCGCCCUGGUUGCAGGGGUUCGCCCUCGCCAUGUGGAUAAGACUCGAGACCGCUAACGUGGAGGGUGCGGCUGAGCCGAGUCCGGAGGUGGAGUCCCUGCACGCCGUGUCCAUCGGCCACGACUCGCUCAUGUUCGAGCUGUGGAUCAGUCCCGCCAACGGCGAGGUGACCAUCCGCCUCACGCGGCCGGACUCCUCCGGGUACAAGAUAGUGAGCGGGGCACGGGGCGCGGCGCGCGUGCCCGGGGACGUGUGGACCUGCCUGGCCGUCAACGUCAGCGAGCGGGUGCAUAGGAAGAGGAUACACAUACAGGUGACGCUGUACAUCGACGGCCGCGAGUGUGAGACCAUGUCGCUGCCGCUGCAAGGCAUCCUGGUGCGCAAGCCGUCCCCCACCACGCUGCUGCUGGGCCAGGCGGGGCGCGGCGCGGGGCAGGGGGCGGGGGGCGGCGCGCUCCUGCUGUCCUCGCUGAGAGUGUGGCGCACGGGGUCGCUGAGGGCCGGCGGCGCGCUGCACGUGGCCGCUCACCCGCCCGACCUGCCGUGUCAGAUCCCCUGUGAGAACGCUCAUUUCCCCUCCAUCCUCAGCCCGGAGCUAGUCGAGAUGGACGUCGAUUGGGACUCGGUGUACGAGAUCUCCAGCUCCACUCUCCGCGAGCUGCACGACGGCCUGCUGCUGUCGUUCUCCGCGCACGCUCCGGACGUCAUGCAGCUGCACCACCAGCCUCCCUCCACACCCAACGCGUGGGGAGGUCGCGGGGCGGCGGGGGCGGGGGCGGGCAUCGUGGGCGCGGAGGUGGGCGCCGUGCGGCUCACGUGGGCGGGGGCACCGCGCGCCGACCAGAGACGAGGACUCGCGCCCGCCUUCCUCGAGCUAGGAGGAGUGGAGCCCCUUCUGUACCUGUUCGCGAGGGUGCGUGUGUUGGUCGCGUGUCCGUGUGUGUGUGUGUGUGUGUGUGUAUAUGUGUGUGUGACGAGCCGCGUGCCGCAGGUGGUGGAGCUGGGCGCGGAGGGCCGGUGGCAGGCGGCCGCGCUGUCCGUGACGCUGCGCGCGUGUGCCUCGGACGCUCGCCUCCACGCCGCGCUGCUGCAGGACGGCCUGCCGCUGCUGCUGCCCGUGCUGGCCGCGCCACCCGCCAAGAUAACACACCAUAUGCUCAAGGUGAUAUUCGACGAGGCGUGCAGCAGCUCCAUCAUGAGCUUCAACGGCAGCACCGUCACCGUCCUCGAUGACAACCACAGCAUCCUGCUGGAGCCGCGCUACCUGGCGCUGCUCAUGACGGCCUGGAGGCAGCUCGACACGGACGAGGAGGUGGUGUGGGAGUGGGGCGGCUGCCGGUGGCGCGGCUCGUGCUGGUCGCUGUGUCUGUCGUGCGUCUGCUCCUUGCUGCACUCGCGUCACCCGCACGCUGCCUUCAACGGCGGGCAGGCGGCGCGCGCCGCGCUGCUGCACCGGCUGCUGACGGCGUGCCGCGAGCGGCUGCUGGUCGGCUCGCGCCCGGCGCUGUCCGCGGCCGACAGCACGGCGCUGGUGGGAGCGGUCCGGGCGCUGCUCGCCGCGCCGGGGCCCUCCGCCGCGCUGCCCCCGCUGGCGCUGCUGGCUGACUUCCUGCUGCUCAUGCACCAGGCCAGUGACACGUUCGUGACACAUUCGCGGGCCAACUUCUACUUCCUGCUGUCGGCUGACACGCCGGAGACCAGCGACUUCAACUUCCUGACCUUCAUGACCAAAGGGAAGAGGAGCUCCGCCGUCACGGACAACCGGCGGCACGACGCCAUCGACAGGUCCAGCUCCUCCAGCGUGUCCAACGAGGACGUGACGAGCGACAACCAACCCAACGACCUGAGGGAUACGGCUCAGAGUCGCGAGUCCGACCUCGAGAACGGCCCCGACAACACCAAGCACAUGAAGGGGAUGCUGAACGCGCAGAUAAAACAGAGCCGACAGAAGCUGUCGUCGACUUCAGAGAAUUCAGACGUGACCGAAAAGAGUACGGGAGACCUGGACGAGGAGCACGAGCAGGAGCCGGCCGACGAGUACGUGCUGGUGGAUGAAGACGACGCGAGCCGCACCACCAUCGACCUGUACACCAGCGCCAUCUAUGAACAGCGGCGGCUGUUGGCGGGCGCGGAGCCCGGCUGGCGCGCGUGCGGCGGGUUGCUGCUGCUGCUGCGAGACGCUCUGGCUGCGUUGCCCGAACAGCAGUUAGCGCUGGCGAUGGCCGGCGCCGUGCCGCCCGAGACAGUGGUGGUGCUCGCCAACCACGCCUCGCCCGGCGUGCGGGCGGCCGUGGUGCGCGUCAUGUGCGCCCUCCAGCGGCCGGGCGCUCCCCCGCUGCCGCCCUACACGUACAUGCAUCUCGCCAACCAGAUCUCCCUGUACCCCGCGUCUCGUGAGCUGGUCACCGCAUGCGCCGUGCUGCUCACCAACCGGGACGUGCCCCUUGAAGACCAGCUCGAUGAUGAGUCGUGGUCGUGGUCGGAGGAGGCGUGUGGCCGCAGUCCUCCGCUCCUAAGUCUGUUGCCGCUGUGUGUGAGGGCUCCGUGUGUGCCGCUAGCACACAAUGUGGUGGCGCUGCUGAGACGCCUCGUCGACAGAUCGUCUCUGAGGGCCUUGAAUGAGGUGGCGGUGGUGGAGGUGAUAGUGCGCUCCAUCCGUAACGUGGGUCUGGAGGAGGGCGGCUUCGAGGGCCGAGACCUCCUGCUGGAAGAUCUAUACGACUUGUUGUGCAGACUCGCCAUCAAAGUGCUGGCCGGGAACCACAGCAUGCAGACUAUAAUAGACAUGCACUACAUGUUGCGUUACAUCGAAUGCGAGUGCGGCCUGGAGGGGGAGAGGCAGGGCGGCGCCCCGGUGCAGGUGGUGGCCCGGGACGCUCAGACGAGCCUGUACCUCGCGCAGCUGGACUACCUGGAGCGGCGGCUGAGGGAGCAGCAGCAGCAGCCGCGGACCACCAACUACUUCACCAAUGUCCUAGAUGGUUCCCGCGCGGAGAGCGAUGCGGGCUCGCGGCUGGCCGGCGUGGCGGGACGCGCCGUCACGUUCCUGACGGGGCGCGCGGCGCACCACGCGCUGCUGCCGGACGCGCUGCUGCUGGACCGCCUGCUGUCCGUGCUGCUGGCCGGUGAGUCACCAGUCACCACGAGAGGUCACCUGGCGACCCUCCGUAGGAGGAGACGAUGUUAA